AUGACUGGAACGCCCUCCGGCGAACUCAAGGACCCUCAUCUUGAAGAUGCUGUUCUUUCCUCUAAAGCUAACGACACCAACUCUCCUCCUGAAUACCUUGAAGCGGAAGCAACGAAAAGGACAAGCAUGUGGAGCAAAUUGAGUUUCUCAGGCGCCAAUGCCAAUGAAUCCAAUGAAACACAGAGGGGAAUGCAGAGUCGGCACCUUACCAUGAUUGCUAUAGGAGGAACGAUCGGAACGGGUAUCUUUCUCAGCGCAGGAUCGGCGAUUGCAUUGGCGGGACCAGGGAGCGCCCUCCUUUCAUAUUUCGUCGUGGGUGUGUUCGUGUACACUGUUGUCAUAACGCUGGGUGAGAUGUCUUCGAUGUUUCCGGUUUCUGGUGCUUUUGCCGUUUUUGGAACGAGGUUUGUUUCUCCGGCUUUGGGGUUUACCUUGGGGUGGAAUUAUUGGCUGCAAUGGAGUCUUUCAAUUCGUAAGGCGCCUACUUCAACUCAAGCGAUACGGCCUCUGAGUAUUUUUGUAGCGAGUGAAUUGACAGCAGCAGCCGUGAUCCUUGGAUAUUGGUCGCCCCUUCUUCAACCAUGGCAUUGGGCCAUUAUCAUCAUUGUACCAAUAUUUUUUCUUCAACUAAUCCAUGUCCGAGUCUAUGGCGAAUCCGAAUAUUGGCUCUCAAUGAUCAAAGUAGUGAUGAUAAUACUCUUCAUCAUCGUCGGCCUUAUCUACGACUGGGGUGGCAUCAAACAUCAUCCAGGUCCUGGUCUCUCCAAUUUCCACGACGGCCAAGCGUUCAUCGGCGGCUUCUCCGCCUUCGCCCAAACCUUCGUCUUCGCAUUCUACUCCUUUGGCGGGAUUGAACUAGUAGCCAUCGCCGCUGGGGAGUCUGCCAAACCCUACAAGUCAGUUCCCAAAGCUAUCAAAGCCACGUUCUUCCGAAUCGUUAUUUUCUACAUCCUCACCAUUCUCACAAUUGGGUUGUGUAUCAAUCAUGGGGAUGAUUCACUCCUCACAGCGGCUUCAGACUCUGACGUUGCGGCCUCCCCUAUAACUGUAGUAUUCAAACGUGCAGGCUUCAGAGCAGCCACGCAUGUCGUCAACGCGGUGCUUCUUACCGCCGUUCUAUCAGCGACGAAUUCGUGCUUCUUCGCUAGCUCUCGGAUGUUGUUGUCACUCGCACGCUCUGGACACGCACCCAGAAUUUUUGGGCGGGUAAAUAAGCGUGGGGUACCCGUUCCAGCUCUUUUAAUGUCCCUCACCCUUUCGUGCUUAACGUUCCUAACGACGAUUUGGGGCGAGGGGGUUGUAUUUUUGUGGUUGCUCAACGUCACUGGGAUAUCUGCGCUACUGGUCUGGACGAGCAUUGGUGUCAUCUCCUUGCGGUUUCGAGAAGCGUAUAAAGCCCAAGGAUUGGACCUUGCUGAUUUGCCUUACCGACAACCGCUGUAUCCGCUCCUUCCGGUAGGUGUUAUUGUAUUGGGGGCGUUGAUGUUUAUCGCACAAGGGUACGCUGCCGUGCGGCAGCAGCCGUUUGACCCCAAGAACGUAGUUGCCACCUAUAUCGGCGUCGCCCUGUAUAUCAUCCUGUAUGCUGGGUACUCGGCAUACGAACGGUUCUACAUCGGGAAGAAACAACAUUUUGUCGGGAAGCUCAAUGUAGAUUUUGAAACGUCUGCAGUUUGGAAACCGGGAGAGGGAGCAGCUAUUCUUGAGAGGGGCCGUAAGGAACGGGGGCAUCGAUUGUUGUCUGAUUCACGUUCGAUGAAGAAGAGGUGGUAUGAUACCUGGGUGGCAUUUAGGAGGCAUGCAUAG